UUCAACUGUUCGUAAGGCUUACAGAGCCAUUAGAAAGCGCUGCUAGAGCCUGAGCGGCAUUACGCAUCCUUCAAUUUAUUCCUACUUGAGGCAGUGCGGCCCGCCAAGAAGAGAUCCUGUCACAAUUACGAAAUCAGCAUAAGCAUUGCGAUCAGUCAGCGCAGAUAUUACCGUUGCAAUUGCCCGGAAGCUGAGAUGAAAUGCGUACAUAUAUUCAACUGUUCUUUCUGCAGUUGAUUGACAACUCUUUUUACAAGUCUUUUUCACAAUCCACCACACAUCCACAAACUCAAACGCGCAAAUUGAUUGGCAUAUCAACUCAUCGCCACCAUGGCAACCAACACCAAGGUCGAAGAGUACCGAGCGCUAUACGACUCAUACCUCCAACACUGCAACUCACACAACUUUUCGGGGAUGGAAAGUUUCUACACUUCUCCUUUAAACGUUAAUGACGAGCCCUGGGACCCAAAGAAAGUCACGGCGCAAUUCGAGCCGCUGGUGACUGCGUUUCCCGACUGGCACUGGGAGUUGAGGCAUCUUACGAUUGAAGGGGAUUAUCUUGCGUGCCAUUUUAGAGUUACGGGGACGCAUAAGGGGAGUUUUCAGGGAAUUGAGGCUACUGGACGGAAGAUUACGACGACGCAGUUUACGUUGUAUCAUGUGGUGGAGGGGAAUAAGUUUGGGGAUGUUUGGGAUCUUGUUGAUAUAGAAUCUGUUGUGAAGCAGAUCUCUUGAGAGGAGGAUGAGAUGACAGAAGAAAGACAUGUUGACGAAAUUGCUUUCUGAAAGAUGUGGAUGGGGAUGUGAGAUUGAAAACGAUGUGAGAGGUUCGCCACAACUUCG